UCGGACAGAACAAGGGGAGUGUGAACCAGCAACUUGUCAAUGAGUUUACAGACCGUGUGAGUGUUGAAAUGUCUGGAAGCUCAGCAGUCCUGCCCUGUGAUCUGUAGCUGUCCUCCUCAGCAGACAGCGAUCGAUGGAUUUCCACAAACUUUGCUCGUUUGAAACGUUGCUGCAGGUCUGCGGCCGCUACGGUUAUGGUGGGAGGCUGGAGGACGUGGUCGAGCAAGAGUUCGCUCGGGUAAAAGGAACCACGUACCUGGAUCAUGCAGGAGCCACUCUGUACCCCGAGUCUGCGGUCAGGAGCUAUGGCCUGGACUUAUCGAGGAAUGUCUACGGGAACCCUCACAGCCAUAACCCCAGCAGCAGAUUGACACAUGACACCAUAGAGAGGGUCAGAUACAGGGUAUUGCAGCAUUUCAAUGCUGACCCAGAGGAGUACUCUGUGAUUUUCACUUCUGGUUGUACAGCCGCUCUCAAAUUAGUGGCAGAGAGCUUUCCCUGGAGGCCGGAGACUGCGAGCGAAGCGGGGAGUCACUUCUGCUUUCUCACUGACAGCCAUACCUCUGUAGUUGGCAUAAGAGGGUUGACUUCUGGCCGGGGGGUAGUUGCCUUGCCUGUCUCCCCACAGGAUGUGGAAAACAGGGCAAAGGAUGAGCCGUGGGGUGAAGAUGAUAUUUGCCCGACGCCGCACCUUUUCUGUUACCCAGCACAGAGCAACUUCUCUGGGAGGAAGUAUCCCCUUAGCCAUGUGAAAGGCAUCCAUGCAAGACACCUCUACCCAGCGUGCGACCACCGAGGCCGCUGGUUUGUGCUCCUCGAUGCCGCCUCUCAUGUCAGCUGUUCCCCUCUAAACCUACAGGACUGCCCCGCUGACUUCAUUCCCAUCUCCUUCUACAAGAUGUUUGGCUUCCCCACAGGGCUCGGGGCCCUUCUUGUGCGUAACGACGCAGCAGGCAUACUAACAAAGUCUUAUUUUGGAGGAGGCACAGCAGCAGCUUACCUUUCUGGAGAAGAUUAUUAUGUGCAUUCAGCAAACAUUUCUGACAGAUUUGAAGAUGGAACUGUUUCUUUCUUGGACAUUGUUGCUCUGAAUCACAGCUUUGAAGCUCUUUAUAAGAUCACAGGGGGCAUGCAUAACAUCCAACAGCACACGUUUUGCCUGGCACGCUUCACUUACAUGCUGCUGUCAAGUCUUUGCCAUGGCAACGGGCGACCGGUGGCUCGGAUUUACACCAAAGGCCAGUUUGAGUGUCCAAGCACACAGGGUUCAAUUUUAAACUUUAACCUCAUGGAUUCUCAUGGAUCUAUAAUUGGGUAUACUCAGGUGGACAGAAUGGCCAGUCUGUACAACAUCCAUGUGCGCACAGGUUGCUUCUGCAACACAGGGGCCUGUCAGUCCUUCCUCGGGAUCACCAAUCAGCAGAUGAGGAGGAAUCUGCAGGCCGGCCACGUCUGCGGAGACGGCAUCGACCUGGUGGACGGCCAGCCGACCGGAUCGGUUCGCGUGUCCUUUGGUUACAUGUCAACGUUUGAAGACUGUCAAAAGUUCCUUAACUUUGUUGCUGAGUGCUUUGUGGAGAAACCGGUCACAGUGGACGAAAAGAGACUAGAAAAGCUAAAAACAACCACAGAGGCAUCCCUGGGCUCAAUUGAAGAUCCGCCAAUCAAAAUUACUAAUGGAGAAAUAUAUAAAGCAGAUGAGAAGGAGCCCACAGAAGCAUCACUGAAGGGAUUUGGACACAGAGACUCAGAAAGCCACGGGGAGGCUUAUACUCUCACCAGCAUCUACAUAUAUCCCAUCAAAUCAUGUGGAGCACAUGAGGUCCACAACUGGCCGGUGGGACCGCAGGGUUUACUAUAUGACAGAGGCUGGAUGGUUGUGAACGCAAACAGCGUUUGCCUGAGUCAGAAGAGAGAGACACGUUUAUGCCUAAUUCACCCACAAGUCCACCUGCCCUCAAACCAAUUGCUCCUGCAGGCAUCAGGGAUGAACACUAUUUCUGUUCCUUUGGAAAACAACGCUCAAAAGCAGACAAGCUAUCAGGUGUGUCAGAGCAAAGUUUGUGGUGACAGGGUGGAGACUGUCGACUGUGGGGAUGAGGCUGCAUCCUGGCUUUCAGACUUUCUUGGACAGCCAUGCCGCCUGAUAAGACAAAGUCCUUAUUUCACCCGAGACAUGAAGAAGAGGCCGAGCGGAGCUGCCACCUCCACACCCCUCUCCCUGGUGAAUGAAGCUCAGUAUCUCAUGAUCAACCGUGCCAGUGUGGAGCUCAUUCAGAAACAAAUGAGCUGCAGGCAGGACUAUUCUGAGGGCGAUCAGCUCCUUGACACACAGAAUGUCAUUAGUCGCUUCCGAGCCAAUUUAGUCAUCACUGGAGUCGAACCAUUUGAGGAAGAUAAUUGGUCACACUUGAUUAUUGGCAACACUCGAUUCGUGGUCGCAGGUCCGUGUGGAAGGUGCCAGAUGGUGGGAGUAGACCAGGAAACAGGGACCAAAACAAAAGAGCUGCUCAUGUCUCUGUCUGCUUACCGCGGAGGGAAGGUGACCUUUGGUGUGUACCUGACCCAUGAGCUACCAAAGGGCUCCCUCUCUGUUGGCUCCCUCAUACACCCCAAGCCACUCACUUCGUGAAGUGGUCAUCUGCAUCGACAUCCUCUUUUAUUUAUUUUGGUGACAUCUUUGGUCCUCACCACUCUCAUUUCUGCACUGCAAGUCCUGGAUCACGUCAUACACUGUGAGGACUUUCUAUAGAUCGCACUCUUUUCUGUCUUUGCAGCCUCAGUGCUUUCAGUUCUCUUAAGUGUCCUUAUCACACUCACAUUUUAUUCCAUCCAAGUCUGUUUUAAUGGGGAAUAUAAUGAGAUUUUUGUAUUUUCCGCCCAUGAUUAUGUUCUUUAAAGAAUGUGUGGGAAAGUAGAUGUGACUAAAUUACAUUUUGGAUAUGUGGCUGUUAUUUUAGCCAAAAACAAGUCAGGCUUUAAUCACUGUUCAUGUUAACCUCCCAGACAGCUAUUCCACUUUUUUAACCCUUGGAGGUUUAUAUUGUUAUUUAUUCCAAACACAACACCACUGUAACUGCUUCCAGAAUUCAGAAACAUGUUUCUCCCUUUAAUGAAAGAACCUACCAGACAGUCAGUGCUCGGUACAUACUCCCAAGUGGUGCGGAAUUGGACAUAAUAUUUUAUGCCAGCAUGUGUAAUAAUUUGAAAAGAGCAGUAAGGUUAGGUUUCAUGGCCAGCAGAACUUUUAUUCUCAGAGUCACAUGCUCAAAUAUAAAGUAUAUAUGAGCUGUGCUGCUGUCAAUGUCUGGUAGUAAAACUGGUCCUAUGCUGGUCACCCAUGGUGGAGUUUUUGAAAGAUGCUGUGUAUCCCAAUGUUUUGUUAUGCUGAUAGCAGGGUAGUCAGUGUCUGUGUUUUCAAUUCAGUUUGAUUUGUAUAGCGCCAAAUCAUAAUAUACAUUAUCUCAAGGCAUUUUACAUAGAAGGUAUAUAAAUAUAUACAUAUAUAUAUAUAUAAAGCCCUUUCAAACAAAUGCUGAGGUAAAUAUAGAUGGAUGACAAUUUUAAGGAAAUGCCCUUGUAAAGUGUCUUAUUUAAUAUUUUGAUGAUGUCGACGGGCUGCGUCUUAUAAAAGUCAGAAUAUUUCAGUUUGGUUGAGAUCUGGUGACUUCAUAGGCCAUCGGAAAUGAUUCACAUAAUUUCAAUACUCGUCACCUCCUUUAGUGACUCAUUCACUCUGGUUCUUCCUUCAUUAUGUCACUCAUCUCUACCUCCUACUGGUGCACAGUCUGUACAACAGUUGUUGUGCACCCUGGCAGUGGCUGUUACUGAGAAGCCUCAUUGAUUUGAAUCAGCUGUUUUAUUUAUUAAAUACAGACAAUUAUGUGUGAAAUAAUUUAAUUAAAUAAAAGUUUAUUUAAUUGCAGCAUAUUUAAAAUAGUAAUAUAAGUAAGGCAUGUACUGUAUAUGUCCAUAUAUAAUGUAAGGAUGUAAUUUUUAUAAUAAAGAAUAUGUUUUA